GUUUUCCACGAACACGCCUGCCACACAUGAAUGACCAUGGCGAUGAUGAGCCACAGCAGCAGACACGCGACGUUUUGCUUGACUGUCGUCCCCCUCCUCCUUCUUCUCCCGUUCCUUCUCCUCCUCCUCGAGACUCCAGGGAGGGCAGCUUUUGCCGCCGCUAUCGCGCCUGCACCUGCCGUGCCAGCCUCGUGUGUGGACCGCGUGAUUUCCUGUGGCGGAAGCGAUGUUGCCACCUAUGACUUGGUGAGGUGUCUCGAAGCAACCACAGAGGCAACCUCAGCAAACGCUGAACCAACCCAAGAUCCUCACAGCAAAGAUCAACCGCAGCAAGCAACCACAUCAUCACCGCACGCCCAUGUGCCUGUCACUCCCGGUUACAACACUCAUGCAAAGCGGGGGGACCCUGCAAGGGCUGUUCGAGCUGCUCGGCACAUUGAGCACCACCCUGACUCUGGCGCACAAUCUGACGCACUGGGAGCGGUUGUACUGGAGGCAGACGACGUGGAUCGCGAGUGGCACCCGGAUCAGCUGCGUGCCCUCCACCACCUGCAACAAACCAACCCUCGCGCCACAGCAGCACAACACACCGUGAUUCGCGUUGCAGACGCACUUGGCUAUGCCGCCUCGGCCAGUGCCCGUGCACGGCAACCGACCUGGCGACAACAGCAGCGUCAAUGGCAGCAGCGUCACAGUCGAUCCCACCUUCAAACACGACGGCGCCGGAACGAUGUUGGUAUCCCAAACCAUGCGUGCUUGCUCAAGGACGUGCUCGCGCUCAACUGCACUGCUCGCAUCAGGGGUGCGGUUGCCAUACACAUUGAAGCAGACGACAGCCCAACCAGCCAAGACUUCACGGCGCGCCCUGGAUCUGGGCUCAACCUCACCCUCGUCCCUGACCCAGGCACUUCGAGUGGCUACGCCGCUCCAGGCUUGACGCAUCUUGCCCAGACGCAACCCAACAGCCUGCAGCUGACAGGCAGCCUCUCCCUGGCGACGGCCGUGUGGAUCCUGCAGCACGCCAACUGGACCUCCAUCAACGUCCUCAGCCUGUCCGGCGUCACCGAUGCGGGUGUCACCGGCAGCCCGUUUGCCAUGGUGCAGCACAUUCGCACGCUCGCCAUCAGGAACAGCCGCGGGCUGCGGUUUGUGAUGCCGUCAUCCCUGUCCACGCUCACGCAGCUGCAGUCCAUCAAUCUGAGAAGCAACGGCCUCGAAUCCAUUGAUGAGGGUCUCUUUGCGGCGGCGCCGCAGCUCACAACUGUCGACCUCAGCGCCAACCGCAUCACAAACUUGCCAGACAACACUUUUGCACACAACCCGCUGUUGGAGGUGCUCGGCUUGCACAACAACGCCCUAACGCGCGUGUCCGCGCGCGUCUUUGCGGGCUUGUCGAACCUGGUCAACCUGCGGCUGGGCACAAACAGCAUCCGCAGCAUCGAGCAAGGCGCAUUCGACGACCUGACCCGCCUCGAACAGCUCAACAUGCACCGCAACCACAUUGCGUCGCUCCCGUCCGGCCUCUUCCACCGCACAACGAGCCUCUUUCGCCUCUGGCUCUUCCGCAAUAACCUCAUCUUCCUCGAAGCAGACACGUUUUCUGCCCUCACUAACCUGGACCUGCUUGACUUGGCCAUCAACUCGCUCUCGGAGCUGCCCCUGGGCAUCUUCGACAACACCACCCGCCUCAAGGAGUUGCGGCUCUCUGACUGCGGCGUCGGCUCGCUGCACCCGCGCAUCUUCCAGCACAUGUCGUCGCUUCAGCUGCUCUGGCUCAGCAACAACGCCCUCAACCACGUGCCAUCGAAUCUGUUCCACGGGCUGACAAGCCUCAUCCUGCUCGACCUUGCCAACAACGCCAUUGGCGAGCUGAGCGCAGACACGUUCGUGGGCCUGGUGGAGCUUGAUGUCGUCUACAUGAACGCAAACACCAUCCGAAAGCUGCCACCCAACCUCUUUCGUGACACAAAGGGGCUCAAGUGGAUUGACGUGCACGACAACGAGCUGACGGAGCUGCCGCCGCUGCUUGUCAAGGGCCUGCCUGCGCUGGAGGAGGUGUACUUCUCUCGCAACGCCAUCACCAGCCUGCCCACGGGCUUUUUCUCCGCCAACCCGCGCAUCUUGCUGUUCUGGAUGGACGACAACCAGCUUCGCUCGCUGCCGCGUGACGCCUUUGCCACCUUUGGCAUUACCUCCACCAUCUCCCUGCGAGACAACUUCAUCACAGACAUUGAUCCUGCACAGUUUCACGGCGCGGUCCGUGUCCAGCGUAUUGACAUCUCAAACAACAGGUUGACACGCCUUCCCGAGAAUGCGUUGGACGGGCUGUCACGCCUCUCCAGUCUCCGUGUUGAUCGCAAUCGCCUGCGACGGCUUUGGCCGCAGACCUUUGCCACAAACGUGCGCCUACGCCACUUCUCGUGUUCCGGAAACCUCCUCACCCACAUCCCGUCUGGUCUCUUCUCAGCCCACCCCGACCUGCACACGCUGGAAGCCUCAAACAACCCGCACCUCACCAGUAUCGCUGCGGAUGUGUUCCGCCAUGCACCAGGCCUGCGCGCUUUCCGCCUCAGCAACACGGCCAUCACGCACCUGCCGCCCACACUGCUGCACAACCUCACCUCGCUGGAAGAGGUGCAGCUGUCGCUGGUACGCGAGGCAGCGGCAGGCCGCGAUGACGCUCACGCUCACGCCGUUGCCCCGUCCCCGCUCAUCACCCUCACAGGUGACCACUUGCGUGCAAUGUCACCCGACAGGAUGCACUACUUGGCUCUCACCAACGUCGUCCUCACCGCUGAGGCCGUGCAAGUGCUCGGUGAGCGGUUCUCCCUCGCCUCGCUGUUUGUGGGCUGGGCCGGCCUGAGCGACGACAGCCCGCUGCUGCCGGCCAUGUGCAGUGCGCUGCAGCAGAACGUGCGCGACCUCUCGAUCCGCUUCACCAGCAUCACCACGCUGCACGCAUGCCCGCAGCACAACAUCUCCUCCCUCCACCUGCAGGACAACCACGCCCUGGCAACGGUGUUUGCGGGGCCACUGAACCACCUCAACGCCUCCGGGUGUCACGAUCUGCACACGCUUCGCUCCCCAUCCAUUGGCAUUCUCGACAUCUCCGACACCAACAUUGCAUACUCGUCGCUGCUGUGCCGCUUCUUGGGCACGCGCAUGCUGUUUGCACGCCGCCUGCACCAUCCAUCCUUCAACCAGGCUGCUGCGUCGCAGCAGUUCCUGCGCUCGUGCCUCUCCCGCCUGCAGGUGGUUGACGUGUCCCAGAACAACUGGCUCAACAACCUCGAUCUGGUGACCAGCGCCGCACGCGCGCAGACGGUGCUGGGCCCCGCAGACGCCGAUGCUGCAGGCAACAGCGUGGGCAACAUUUGGAACUCCAAUGACGAGACCAUCACCGAGCGCAGCAGCGCCCCCUUGUUUGCGUUGGAGGGCAGCCCUGUCCAGUGCCGCUUUGAGCUCAUCCCGCUGCGCAUUCGCCGCAGCGUCAUGGACGCCCUUGUCACGGAGAUUGGCUACACCUUCAACUGUGGGUGCGCGCCGCAGUUUCGCAGGCAGGGCGGGCAGUGUGUGCCCGACGCGCUCACAGCUGCCGAGCUUACGGGCAUUGUGGUGGCGGCUGCGCUGUUUGGGCUGGCGCUGGGGCCCUGCCUAUUUGCCAUCUACCGUCGCCGUCAGCGCAGCAGGGCAUACCGCGUACAGCUGGAGUCCGAGAACGAGUUGCAGAAGCGCCUGAUUGAGGAGAAGGAUGAGGAGGUGAUGGCGCUGAAGAAGGCGUGGGAGAUUGGCUUUGAUGAGCUGCACCUGGUGUCACGCAUUGACGCUGGGUCGCCAGGAACGUUUGGCGAGGUGUGGCGAGCAGACUGGGACACGGUACAAGUUGCCGUGAAGAUUUUGCGUGAAGGCAUCAUGCUCAUGGACGAGAGCACCGUUGCCGAGUUUGGCAGGGAAGUGGAGUUUCUGCAGCACACCCGGCACCCCCACGUCGUUCGCUUCUUCGGCGCCGGCACAACGCCAACAGGGUCACCCUUCCUCGUGCUAGAGCUCGUUGCGUUUGGGUCCUUGCAGUCGCUCCUGCGACGUGACUUGGCAGAGGUGCUGCGGUCUGUGGAGGGCGAUUCUGCUGUUGGCCCUGACAACCACAACGACAACAACCAUGUGCAUGGCACGGUUGAUGACACCGCUGCUGUCAUCCCCAACACCCUUCUUGCUGAAACCAUUGACGUGCGCGACAAUGACGGUGGUGACGAUGGCAGUGGUACUGGUGAUGCACUCGACAGCAACAGCAGCAGCAACAGCAGCAGCAGCAGUAGUAGUACAUCUGAACCUGUGCAGGAGGAUGCAGACGCUGCCGCGGUGUGGCGGCUCAAGGCUCGCCUGAUGCGGGACAUUGCCUACGGCAUGGCGUUUAUCCACAGUCUGGGCCAGCUCCACCGUCUCCGUGUUGAUCGCAAUCGCCUGCGACGGCUUUGGCCGCAGACCUUUGCCACAAACGUGCGCCUACGCCACUUCUCGUGUUCCGGAAACCUCCUCACCCACAUCCCGUCUGGUCUCUUCUCAGCCCACCCCGACCUGCACACGCUGGAAGCCUCAAACAACCCGCACCUCACCAGUAUCGCUGCGGAUGUGUUCCGCCAUGCACCAGGCCUGCGCGCUUUCCGCCUCAGCAACACGGCCAUCACGCACCUGCCGCCCACACUGCUGCACAACCUCACCUCGCUGGAAGAGGUGCAGCUGUCGCUGGUACGCGAGGCAGCGGCAGGCCGCGAUGACGCUCACGCUCACGCCGUUGCCCCGUCCCCGCUCAUCACCCUCACAGGUGACCACUUGCGUGCAAUGUCACCCGACAGGAUGCACUACUUGGCUCUCACCAACGUCGUCCUCACCGCUGAGGCCGUGCAAGUGCUCGGUGAGCGGUUCUCCCUCGCCUCGCUGUUUGUGGGCUGGGCCGGCCUGAGCGACGACAGCCCGCUGCUGCCGGCCAUGUGCAGUGCGCUGCAGCAGAACGUGCGCGACCUCUCGAUCCGCUUCACCAGCAUCACCACGCUGCACGCAUGCCCGCAGCACAACAUCUCCUCCCUCCACCUGCAGGACAACCACGCCCUGGCAACGGUGUUUGCGGGGCCACUGAACCACCUCAACGCCUCCGGGUGUCACGAUCUGCACACGCUUCGCUCCCCAUCCAUUGGCAUUCUCGACAUCUCCGACACCAACAUUGCAUACUCGUCGCUGCUGUGCCGCUUCUUGGGCACGCGCAUGCUGUUUGCACGCCGCCUGCACCAUCCAUCCUUCAACCAGGCUGCUGCGUCGCAGCAGUUCCUGCGCUCGUGCCUCUCCCGCCUGCAGGUGGUUGACGUGUCCCAGAACAACUGGCUCAACAACCUCGAUCUGGUGACCAGCGCCGCACGCGCGCAGACGGUGCUGGGCCCCGCAGACGCCGAUGCUGCAGGCAACAGCGUGGGCAACAUUUGGAACUCCAAUGACGAGACCAUCACCGAGCGCAGCAGCGCCCCCUUGUUUGCGUUGGAGGGCAGCCCUGUCCAGUGCCGCUUUGAGCUCAUCCCGCUGCGCAUUCGCCGCAGCGUCAUGGACGCCCUUGUCACGGAGAUUGGCUACACCUUCAACUGUGGGUGCGCGCCGCAGUUUCGCAGGCAGGGCGGGCAGUGUGUGCCCGACGCGCUCACAGCUGCCGAGCUUACGGGCAUUGUGGUGGCGGCUGCGCUGUUUGGGCUGGCGCUGGGGCCCUGCCUAUUUGCCAUCUACCGUCGCCGUCAGCGCAGCAGGGCAUACCGCGUACAGCUGGAGUCCGAGAACGAGUUGCAGAAGCGCCUGAUUGAGGAGAAGGAUGAGGAGGUGAUGGCGCUGAAGAAGGCGUGGGAGAUUGGCUUUGAUGAGCUGCACCUGGUGUCACGCAUUGACGCUGGGUCGCCAGGAACGUUUGGCGAGGUGUGGCGAGCAGACUGGGACACGGUACAAGUUGCCGUGAAGAUUUUGCGUGAAGGCAUCAUGCUCAUGGACGAGAGCACCGUUGCCGAGUUUGGCAGGGAAGUGGAGUUUCUGCAGCACACCCGGCACCCCCACGUCGUUCGCUUCUUCGGCGCCGGCACAACGCCAACAGGGUCACCCUUCCUCGUGCUAGAGCUCGUUGCGUUUGGGUCCUUGCAGUCGCUCCUGCGACGUGACUUGGCAGAGGUGCUGCGGUCUGUGGAGGGCGAUUCUGCUGUUGGCCCUGACAACCACAACGACAACAACCAUGUGCAUGGCACGGUUGAUGACACCGCUGCUGUCAUCCCCAACACCCUUCUUGCUGAAACCAUUGACUGGUACUGGUGA